UAUAAAAGUCAAGGUGCAUUUGUUUGCAUUUGCGUCGAGAAAGUCAAAGGGAAUAAUUUGCUUUAUUUGAUUGAACAAAUUGUCUUGUAAACAAGAAAAAUAAUGCGUGUCUUCAUUAUUUACACUAUUUUGUUGUUUAUGAAUCUUCUAAUCGGAUGCGGAGGGCUGGCAGAGUCACCAAGUGCAAUCCAUUCUGCCACACCAAAAGUUUCAGCGCUAGCGCUAGUGUUACAGCGUUUGAUUUAUGGAGAAAAUACACAGCCUGACAUAUCAAAUCCGUGGCGCAGGAACGAUUUUACAAAUCGACAAUUAAUCAACAUCAGCGAUGUCUCCAACUCCUUGUGUGCCUUUUGUAAGAAUUAUGUUAAAAAUAGACAAAUCUGUACCGGAAAGUUAUGCUCCACAUCUGGGUUGGCUUAAAAAAUUAUUUCACUUUCUGUAUAUAUUUAAGCACGUCCAAAAUUUCCUAUUGUUAUAAAAAAAAAAAUACAUGCAUAUAUAAUCAGAUAUGUCAUUAAUGUACGACGUAUAUACAAGAAUGAACAUAUCUCUACAGCAGUGUUUCAGGCGAACACUGUAAUCACCUGGAUCGUAUAAACAAUAUUUAAAGAAAAUAAACUUCGUAUAGGAAGGUGGUUUCUAGACUUUUGAGUUUCUUGUUAACUUUCUUCAGUCAAGCUGUAAGGAUUAGACAUUCAAAUACAAGUUUGAGUGUACCUGCGGGGUAUGAAUUCCGAUAGGGCAGCGCUACUGUCGCUAGUUGCUGCUCUUCUCUUCCAAUAUUCACAGAUUGAUGGGACAGGGUUCAAAGCAGUGGAUGGUGAUAACCAUGUUAUGGUUCUUUUAAAAUUAUUUUUAGAAUUCAUCAGUGGAAAAGGAAAUUUUUUAUCCGGGUUUAGUUUGCUUGACCUUUGUAUUUUGGCCGACAGAGAUCUUCCUCCUUUUCAUUAGUUUAGUCAUUCUGUAUAUGGGGUAAAUUUUGUACAUUGAUCUCCUGUGAAGAGAAAUCACUGAAUGCCCACAGACAUUUAUUUUUACAAUAGAGUCCAGUUCGACUGACCUUUGACCUGAAAAAUAGAUAAGUAUCACCGUCAUUUCACGACACACUAUUUCGUCUGUGUGUGAAGUAUAGUGACUGAAAACCUGAAACCACUCUUCAUGAGGACGGACAAACUCACUACAGUGUUCUCCUUUAACUUUGUUGCGAAGGUAUAAUUAUAAAACGAAGAAGAUUACAGAACAAGAACUCUUA